AUGCCAUCUGAUUCGUCCAUGGAGUUGCCUUUAGCCCAGACAAAGAGCGGUAGUUAUUAUGGUGUCUACACGCCUCAGUAUGAGGAGGAUUAUUUUCUUGGAAUGCCAUUUGCCAAGCCCUCGCUGGCACACUUGCGUUGGGCCAACCGCGAGAAGGAGCGUAUAGGUUACUGCAGCGAUCAAAAGGGCUAUCUUCAGAGCGAGGAUUGUCUCUAUCUAAACGUGGCCCGUGGUUGCUUCGCACAAGGUGGCACUCCCGACCUCCGAUACAAUCUCACAUUCAUUGUUGAACACUCAGUCACUAUCGGCCAGCCAAUUAUUGCACUCGCCAAUGAGGGAUCGUUGAAUCUGUGGCUCAAAGACCAGCGCCUGGCCCUGCACUGGGUGAAAGAGAACAUCGCAGGUUUCGGUGAUCUGAUUUACGGGCGGAGUGCCGGUUCCGAGAGCGUAGGAUACCAAGUCCGCGCGUACAACGGCCGAGAUGACGGGCUCUUCCGCGGGGGCAUGAUGGAGUCCGGCGCGGUGCGAACUGGAAGUGCCUCGAAAUUGACUUGGACAUACGAGCUAUGGUUUCAAAAGAUAGCAGACGAGGCAGGAUGUUCCCAGGCCAUUUGCAAACUGGACUGCCUACGCCGCGUGCCCUUUACGGUCUUAAACAACAUCCUGAACACGACUGCCAACGACACAACGCCUUACAACUGGAGGCCCACAGUGAACGGUGACUUCGUUGCGCGGUUUCCCAGCGAGCAACUCGGCGCAGGAGAUUUCGUCAAGGUACCGAUAAUGAUCGGCUACACUACGGACAAAGGAACGACAGAGUGCCCGGAACCAGUGAACACCACUGCCGAACUAAAGGAAUACCUCAGCUCAACAACAACCUACGGCUGGGCCCUCGACGAGCGCGUCGUAUCCGAGCUCUUCGAACUCUACCACAACAACACCUCCUUGGGGAUCCCAUCAUUCGAGAAACCCGGCGGCAACGUCCCCUUCCCACAGACCUACGGUGCCAUAUCCCGCCAGAUAGCAGCAUACCACGGUGACGCCCAAUUCAUAGCCGCGACCCGCUACACCUCCGAGCUAUGGGCAGCACAUAAUCUGACUGCAUACUGCUACCAAUUCAACACUAAGACAGACGAUUACAACGGUCAUGGGUUCAGUCCGAACCCGUUUGUCGAUGCUCGAGAGAGCUAUACUGAUCUUAAAUAUCUCAUGUCCGGCUCAUGGAUCAGCUUCACUAAUAGUCUGGAUCCUAUUGAGUGGACUAGGUGCGGGCGGAACGCCACUCGGACGGAGUAUCGGACGGAUGCGAAUGUCCUCGUCGGUAUUGCAUUGAUCAAUGCUAAUCGGAGGGCGUAUCAGAGAUUGUGGGUUAGUAGUCGUUUAUAG